AUGGCAGAGGAUGUCCAUAAGGUGGGCGAGGAGGGAAUCAAUGAGGCCGUGGAGGUCGGGGAAACUGUAAUGCAGGUAGAGGAGCAAUGCAGCCAGGCAAGGAGGUCACCCGUCAAGAUGAUAGGGCUCAGUGUUAUGCCUUUCUGGGCAAGACCGAUGCUGAGGCGUCUAAUACAGUGUGUUGUGAAAUGGGAGCUUGGAACUCAAAUUCCAAGCCUCUGUCUCCGUGUAAGCCGUCGGGGUGGGAUUAUUCCUGCCAGGGCGGGGCCGCUAUGGUGGGUUAGAGACCGCUAUGGUGGGUUAGAGACUGCUAUGGUGGGCCAAUCGCGACUCAAGUCGGGGACAAACCCCAAAAUCGUUAUUUUCUGCAAAACUUCAUUCUUAAGAGCUAAGAGACUUCCCAGGGUGAUUCUUGAUAGUUUUCCACGACUUUUAGUGCUAAAGACCAAGAACAAGCGGAAAAAAUCCGUAAAGGGAAGGCUCAGUGUCUUAGGAGGAUUCAAGCUUGGUUUCAAGGGAGAAAAUGUUGUGUUCAAUGUGAAACACAAAUUUGGUGGGCGUGGAGGCUUGGGUUUGAAAGACCUUAAAGCCCACGAUGUUCAUCGUCAUGGUAGAAUGCUCGAUGCAGCCGAUUUUCAAUUAGGCGGCAAUGGCAGUCCUACCAGUGCAGCGUUAUAUUUCACUAAGCUUUCAAUUGGAACACCUUCCAAGGACUACCAUGUUCAGGUUGAUACUGGAAGUGACCUUUUAUGGCUAAAUUGUGCGGGAUGUGACAAAUGUCCUACAACAAGCAAACUCGGGGUAAUCAAUAUUUAUGUGUAUAUUAUCAAUCUUUNAGGCGGCAAUGGCAGUCCUACCAGUGCAGCGUUAUAUUUCACUAAGCUUUCAAUUGGAACACCUUCCAAGGACUACCAUGUUCAGGUUGAUACUGGAAGUGACCUUUUAUGGCUAAAUUGUGCGGGAUGUGACAAAUGUCCUACAACAAGCAAACUCGGGAUAGAGAUGGCACAAUAUAACUUACAAGCGUCAACGAGUGGGAAAUCUGUUACCUGUGAUCAAGAUGUUUGUGCUACAAUGUUUGAAGCAACUAGCUCAGACUGCAAGGUGGGAAAACCCUGUGAAUAUAUGGUUACUUACGGAGAUGGAAGCACAACCGGAGGAUACUUUGUAAAAGAUAACAUUUAUUUAGAUCAAGUCUCUGGAGACAAUAACACAUCACCCCUCCAAGGAAAUGUAGCAUUUGGGUGCUCAUCUAAACAAUCUGGAGACCUAGGUACAUCUACUAAUGCAGUUGAUGGGAUAAUUGGUUUUGGAGCAGCAAACACGUCCGUCAUCUCACAGUUAGCUGCUGCUGGAACUGUCAAAAGAGUAUUUUCACAUUGCCUUGAUGGAGUUAGUGGAGGUGGUAUAUUUGCUAUUGGACAAGUAGUUGAACCAAAAGUAAACUCAACCCCAUUACUCCCAAAUCGGCCACAUUAUACUGUUUCUCUCAAGGAUAUUGAGGUUGAUGGUGAAGUUCUAAACAUUCCGACUUCCAUAUUUGAGUUGAAGUCUAGUAAAACAGCAGUAAUUGACAGUGGAACAACUUUAGUAUAUCUUCCAAGCAAGGUCUAUAAUGCUCUCAUGAACAAGCUUAUGGCAAAGCAACCAGAGUUGAAGACUCAUCAUCAUGAGGGGAGCUUCGAGUGCUUUACAUACAGUGGAAAUGUUGACGAUGGUUUCCCCGCUGUAUCAUUUAAGUUUAUGGAAAAUCUUACUUUGACAGCCUAUCCCCAUGAUUAUCUUUUCAAACUUCAUGACGAUGACUGGUGUAUCGGUUGGCAAGAGGGAAUGAAGGGAAAGGAUGGAGAUGAACUUUAUCUGUUAGGAGAUCUUGUGUUAUCAAACAAGCUUGUUUUGUAUGAUCUUGAAAAAAAGACGCUUGGUUGGACUCAAUAUGACUGUUCUUCCAACAUUAAGGUGAAAGAUGAUAGCACUGAAAAUGUGUAUACAGUGGGAGCUCAUAAGAUUUCAUCAGCAUCUACAACUACUUUUACAUUAUUCUUCUCACUUAUCUCUUUCCUAUGCUAUUUCUUCAACUAAUCCAUCAUGUACCAUAAUUA